CAAUGAGAUUAUUUACCGUCACUACCCUGUUACUCAUCGCCCUAUUUUACAACGUUACCGAAGCAAGACCCGGAACCAUUGUACAGGAGACUGGAUCUGGUAAAAUGACAAGCAACGUGUCUGGUUCUGGAAGUAUUGCCUCCUCAACUUCUGAAACAAGUACUACGGUUACUGAUGAAGAUGGGAAUACUACUGUAAGUGAACAUUCUAUAACUACCAACUGUGGCACAUGCCAUGGGAAGAUAAAAAAAAAUCUUCACUACACAGUCUCAUUAACAAGCUUCUUAUUUCUAUCAUAUCUACAUAAAUAAACAUACAAUUUCCAUUUCAU